GCUCUAGGAAAAAGUGGAAAGCAAAACAUAAAGGAAAAUAAUUCAAAUGAAAUUAAUAUUAAAGUCAUUUUAAGUUAAAUCAACUUUGAGAGGUGUCUGCAUGUGCGAAGCCUCGUUGGAAGUUUCAUGGCAACAGAGGAAAGGCCGGGAGCGACAUUUGAGCUCUUGGCCCUGCGACCAGCAACAGGCACCGGAAUCGCAAGGACUACGGAUUGUCUCGAGAUUCUGCGUCGCUCCGCCCGUGAUUUAGGCUACAAUGAUUUCUACUGGCAGUAUAUGAAACCCAAUUGGCCAGUCAUUAUCACAGAAGUAUCAAAUGAUUGGGAAUGCCAGAAUUGGACAAGCUUGAACGAUGCCAGGAAUGACAACAACACUACACAGACUGCCGGUAUUAAUUUUAACUACCUCAGGAAACACAUAGACGAUCGUCCAGUGCCCAUUGCCGAUUGCAAUUCCAUUUACUUCAAUAGUCAUGCCAAAUUGGAAUUGAAAUUUCACGACUUUCUGAAGCGUUGGGAGCAAACAAUUGAAGCUACCGAAUCGGAGACGCAGAAGGAUCAGAAUAGCAAUGAAACAAAUCAAAGGGAUAAUCUCUACCUCAAAGACUGGCAUCUGGCGGCGCAAUUGCCCGACUAUAAAUUCUAUAAGGUGCCCAAAUACUUUGCCUCCGAUUGGCUAAAUGAGCAGCUGAUCAAUGAGCAACGAGAUGACUAUCGAUUUGUUUAUAUGGGACCGAAGGACUCUUGGACCUCAUUCCAUAGCGAUGUCUUUGGCUCAUUCAGUUGGUCCACCAAUAUAGUGGGACACAAGAAAUGGCUGAUAAUGCCCCCAGGAGAAGAACUCAAACUGAGUGAUUCUUUGGGCAAUUUGCCAUUUAGCAUCGAUGAAGAAGUGCUCAAUGGCCUGAACAUACGAUAUUUCACCAUCAAUCAGACGGCAAAUGAAGCUGUCUUUGUGCCAAGUGGCUGGUAUCAUCAGGUUUGGAAUCUCACCGAUACCAUCUCAGUGAAUCACAAUUGGUUCAAUGCCUGCAACAUCGAAAUGGUGUGGAUUAACUUACUCGCCAACAUGCAGGCUGUGCGUAAAGAGAUUUCCGAUUGCCGCCAAAUGGAUAACUUUGAGGCCCAUUGUCAGACAAUGUUGCGGGCCAGCUUCGGCAUCAACUACCUCGAUUUUAUAGAACUUUUGGAAUAUAUAGCCGCACGCCGCAUGGCAGCGGCCAUCAACAACGGAGAAACGGAGACCACCAGAUUUUUACUUUUUGAUAGCUAUAAAAUGAAUGAUUAUCAUAUUCAAUCAGAUCUCGAGUGUUUAAAGCACUUGCUCACAACAAUGCUAAAGGAGACUAGUGAGGAGCAGCUGACAGAGCGUUGUCAGCGUUUACUCCACAAAUUGUAGAUAAAGUCAUGGCAUAUUUUUUUACACCAAAGUUGUAUUCAUAUACAAGUAAAAACCAACAAAAAUUACUAUAAUAUUUUAUGAAAAAUUUAUGUUUAAAAUAUACGAAAUAUUUUAAUAACUA